CGACAAGAGAUUCAAUUCCAAAAUCAUGGACAGUUGUGCAAGUUCAUAAUAAAAAUAGCCGCACAUAUAGCAGUCAACAACUUAGCUCAUUCUGAAGAAACCAAUGGACACAAAACCUUGGGUAAGCACCUACCUGACCAAAACUCUAAUUUGUCUUAUGCAGGAACAUAUACUUCAGCACAAGUUCUGGAAGAUCUCUCAUCACACACAACCAGUCAGGAAUGUAGUCUUCAGGAGGACCACCAAUCCAAUGUACCCCAUCAACGAGCCAUCUACCAACAACAAGGUACGUAUUUUUACCACGCAGGAACAAACUCACAACAGAGGCAGACAACCAAUCAGCGCAUACACUUCGAUACACUCUGGGCCAGAGCGGCCACGGCGCUACUCAAUCCCAAUUCCCAAUCCCGGCAUCACUGCCUGUGCCUGGGUCUAUAUGCUUUACAGAUGCGGCUAUUUCACCGGACACGGCGACAUCCACCUGGGAGUUGUAUUCAUCAAACCCCACCACUCACCCCUGGGUUCAAUUUUCAGAGCACAAUCAUGUAAGAUUGAAAAGUAGGGCAGCUGCUAGCUCUAGAUUUAAAGUAAAUAGCUGAACCAGACAGAAGCAUACGUUGGGCCCUGGCUCG